CUCAUCUGCUGCCCUCGGAAGGGUGGCAGUAGCGCGGCUCCUAGCCAAACGGGUGGGCGUGUGUGCGCCGGGGGCGGGGAGCGGCCAAACUUCCUGUCCCGCGCUCGAGCUGCUUCCGGCGGGAGCCGGAAGAUACUCUGUGUGGACGGAAUUCAGGACCGAUUGACUGCCGGCAACCUGUCCCUGAGGAAAGGAUAAAUUGAUUAUCAACUUAGUUCAGCAUCUUAUAGAAAGAGCAUAGUGUUUCCUAAAGGAACAUGAGCAUAACGGGAAGGUGUCAUUGACUCUGAAUUAAUUUUGAACCUGUUCCCUAAACAGCUACAGGAUUUUGGAAGCUGAAUCAAUGUUAUCGGAUGAGUUAGAAUCCAAACCAGAGCUCCUGGUACAGUUUGUUCAGAAUACCUCCAUCCCAUUGGGACAGGGACUAGUAGAAUCAGAAGCUAAAGACAUUACUUGCUUAUCCCUACUUCCGGUGACCGAGGCCUCAGAAUGCAGUCGGCUAAUGUUAUCAGAUGAUGCUCCAAAUCAUACUAACUCCCCCAAGGAGGUCCCUUCAUCAGCUGUACUGAGAAGCCUUCAGGUGAAUGUGGGCCCAGACGGAGAGGAGACGAGGGCUCAGACUGUACAGAAGUCCCCAGAGUUUUUGUCUACUCCAGAGUCUCCUAGUUUGUUGCAAGAUCUACAGCCAAGUGAUAGCACUUCUUUUAUUCUUCUUAACCUAACAAGAGCAGGUCUGGGCUCUUCAGCUGAGCACUUAGUGUUUGUACAAGAUGAGGCAGAGGAUUCAGGGAAUGAUUUCCUCUCCAGUGAGAGCACGGACAGUAGCAUUCCAUGGUUCCUCCGGGUUCAGGAGUUGGCCCAUGACAGUUUGAUUGCUGCUACUCGUGCACAACUAGCAAAGAGUGCAAAAACCAGCAGCAAUGGAGAAAAUGUCCACCUUGGUUCUGGUGAUGGACAACCCAAAGAUUCUGGACCACUUCCCCAAGUGGAAAAGAAGCUCAAGUGUACAGUUGAAGGUUGUGACCGGACAUUUGUGUGGCCAGCUCACUUCAAGUACCACCUCAAAACUCAUCGAAAUGACCGCUCCUUCAUCUGCCCUGCAGAAGGUUGUGGGAAAAGCUUCUAUGUGCUGCAGAGGCUAAAGGUGCACAUGAGGACCCACAAUGGGGAAAAGCCUUUUAUGUGCCCUGAAUCCAGCUGUGGUAAACAGUUCACUACAGCUGGAAACCUGAAGAACCACCGGCGCAUCCACACAGGAGAGAAGCCUUUCCUUUGUGAAGCCCAAGGAUGUGGCCGUUCCUUUGCAGAGUAUUCUAGCCUCCGAAAACAUCUGGUGGUUCACUCAGGAGAGAAGCCUCAUCAGUGCCAAGUCUGUGGGAAGACCUUCUCUCAGAGUGGGAGCAGAAAUGUACACAUGAGAAAGCAUCACUUGCAGCUGAGAGCAGCUGGGAAUCAAGAACAGGAGCAAACUGCUGAGCCACUAAUGGGCAGUAGUUUGCUUGAAGAGGCUUCAGUACCCAGUAAAAACCUGGUGUCUAUGAAUUCCCAGCCCAGCCUUGAUGGAGAGACCUUGAACCUACCAAAUACCAAUUCUAUCCUGGGAGUUGAUGAUGAGGUGCUCACUGAAGGAUCCCCACGUCCCCUGUCUUCAGUGCCUGAUGUGACACAUCACUUGGUGACCAUGCAGUCAGGGAGGCAGUCAUAUGAAGUUUCUGUUCUAACUGCAGUAAAUCCGCAAGAGAUAUGCUUUCAAUCUUUUACAGUUACUAAACCAAGGAGAUUUAACUGAAAGACGGACAUGAGCAUGGGUGCUCCUGGAAGAGCAGCUCUGAUCCCAGAAUGCAUAGUGGGAAUAAGGAUGCAAAGGCUCACGACCUGCCAGAACCAAAUGAAUAUGUGAAGGACAAGACUCUACUUUUUCCUGUUUAUCUUCCCUGGCAGAGAAAAUGGAUUAUGAGAGCUUUUCUUCAGCCACCAUCUAAUUCAGACAAGGAGCCAAGCAGUGACCGUGGGAUGGGUAACAACCUGCCUCUCUCCCCACUGCAAAAUUUUGGGAUAGACUUUUCCCUAAAGUGAAUUCAAUUACGUGUUGGCUUAAGUUUUCCAUUAUGACUGGUUGAGGGGAGGUUUUCCUUUGAAGAGCUUUCAUCCCAGAUCCAGCUAUCUUUUCACAGGGAUGAACAAUGUCCUGUCACCAACUACGGAACUUCACCAGAAGUUUUCAAGAUGCCUUGUUGCUUUGAAGAAGGGAGUGAUGUCAGUUCUGUCUGCAUUCUCCCUUUAGCAACCUGAGUUAACAGACUCUCAGCCAUUGGGCUGCAAAAAAUAAAUUACUUGAAUCUCCCCUUGGCCCAGGCUGAGGUACUGUCUUGUCCUGUACACCUCUACUUGGUCACUUUGUUUUCUUUGCUUAUGGAACAUAAUAGUAGCAUGUUAAGAGGUUUUUGUUUUGUUUCUUAAGUUAAAAAUCACAUGAUCCAUUUUUCCCUUUAAAUAAAACAGCCCAGGCAGUUA